CAGCCCGGUUCAAGUUCGCCAAAAGAAGGUCCUUGCGUUUUAACAGCUCAAAUCCGUGACAACAUCGCCAACCCGGAACAACACCUGUGCAAGUGCUGAACCACCACCGACCGCCAAAAUGAGCUUCGUCACCCGCCGUGCGCUCUCUACACUUAUCCCCCCCAAGGUCGCCUCUCCCAAGGCCAUUGGCGGUGCCCCCGAUGCUGUCGCCAUGAAGCGCGUCGUCUCCUUCUACGAGAAGCUUCCCCGCGGUCCCGCUCCCGAGAUCAAGGCUUCCGGCUUCUGGGGCAAGUACCAGGCCAAGCACUUUGGCAAGAACCCUAGCGCUAAGCCCAUCGUUCACGCCAUUGUCGGUCUCCUGAUCGUCGGUUAUGCCCAGAACUACUACUUCCACCUCCGCCACCACAAGAACCACGCUCACUAAGCGGG